AUGCCGGAUCCCUCACCAGGCUCAGGGGCCCAGGGGGCCGACCCAAAUCUCCCUCCUCACCCGUCUAGGGCACAACCACGUCGUCGUCGUCGUCGUCGUCAGCAGAGGCUUCGCCCCGUCCCCAACUUUCGCCCGACACCUCCCGGAGAGGAAGUUGUCUUCAAGUUCGUACAACGGUGCCAUGACGCGUCCUACUACAUAGAAAUUAUCAAUGGGACUUCGUACUUUACCGAGAUUCCUGGCACCAGAUUCGCUGUCCUCAACGCACAGAAUGGGCAUGACGAGCAGAAUGGACAUGAGAAUAGCGAACAGAAUGGUCAUUGGAACAUUGGACAGAAUGGAUAUUGGAAUAGCGAACCGAACGGAUAUUGGAACAUCGAACAGAAUGGAUAUGGCCAUCGCGAACCGAAUGGAUAUUGGAACAUCGAACAGAAUGGGUAUGGAUAUGGGCAUAGCGAGCAGAACGGAUAUGGGCAUGUCGGGCAGAACGGAUAUGGGCAUGUCGAGCAGAACGGAUAUGGGCAUGUCAAGCAGAAUGGAUAUGGGCAUGUUGGGCAGAAUGGAUAUGGGCACGUCGAGCAGAAUGGACAUGGGCAGAAUCAACAAAGGGGCAAGAAUGAGAAACUCUGA